GUUGAUCAUGCGGCGGUGUUCUGUGUGUUCUGCAGGUCUAAGGACAGCAUGUAUCACGCUCUGGGCUACAGCAGUAUUCUGGUCAUGCAGGCCACCAUGACCUUCGAGCACAAAGACAUCCAGGCCGGGAUGGCGACCAUCAAAGAGGCCUUACAGACCUGCCAGAGGUUCAGGAAACGAAACUCGGUGGUGGGGUCCAUCUCUAGCCUGAUGUCCAAGCAGUCGCCAGACAGCCUGAAAGCAGGUGAGCCGUCUGAGACGCUCAGUGUGUGCUGGGAAACACGUCUGAAUUAGGGCUGUGCGAUAUUGACAAA